ACAGAAAGUGACUGAGUAAGUUUAUGUUCGGAAACGAAACAAUACUUUGAGGCGGGGCUUGAGUUGAUGCUUUAUAUAAAUAUUCAUGCCUCUGCUCACUGUGACAGAGACACAUUAGUUGAUUUCGGUGUGACUUCCUACAAGACUUAUUGAAGAAAGCAAUUCAGCGAAAGCCGUAGCAGCCUAUUUGCACAACCAGCUCGGCAAUGGAACUGAAAAUAAAACUGUUGAACGGAGAUGUGAGGUCGCUGGAGGUGAGAGAUAAUGCCACAGUUGGCGAACUCAAGCAGCUCAUUUCUCAUCACUUCAAUGUGCCUCCUAACAGACAGAAGCUUUCUGGCGAAAACGGUCACCGUAUCAGCCUUGAGGAUGAUUCCAGAAGCCUCAGCAGUUACGGUUUGCACUCGGACUCAGUGGUGAUGCUGCUCAUCACGAACCCUGGACCUUUUCAAGUGUUCGUCAUUAACGAGAAGGGCCAGACCAAAACCUUUGAUGUUGAUGUCAACGAGACCGUAGAUCAGCUCCAGACUAAGAUCUUCCAGAAAGAGAGAGUCCCCAAGGAUCAGCAGCGACUGAUUUACAGCGGCAUACAACUGGAGGCUGGCAAGAAGUUGCAAGACUACAACAUCACAUCUGGAAGCACCAUUCACAUGACUCUCCGUCUCCGAGGUGGUUAAUCGGUGUGAAUGUGUGCAAAAAAGAACGAAAACAGUACUGUUGUCGUUAUGUGUGUUAAUGUAAAUGCUGUAAAUAUGACAGGCAUACUUGACGAUGUAACGUUGAUUGUCACGUCAUAUGUCUUAAGAAGGCUAAUAUAAUUCCAUUAAUUAAAAAAAUAAUAUAAGAGUAUUUGUCUGCAUUACUGUAUAUUUUAUAGUUAUAAAUGAUAUUUCACUGUAUUUUGCAUUGUAAAUAAAAUAAUAAAUGCUCAAAACAUUCCCAA